AUUCCAACAUGGCAGUGGCUGUGGUCAGUGUUUCCUGCGUUAACUUGGGAUGGUUUCAGCUCAUACGCAACCCGGCUUAACCUCGGCACCCCGCUCAUCAGCAGGACCCCUCCCAGGGAUCGAUGCGACCAUAACACCCCCCGCCCCCCCCCCUACACACACACACGCGCACACACACACUGUUGCACCCAAAAGUCACGACAUGAUCAGCAGCAGCAGCGUCUAUGGCGUAAAGAUGCAGUGGACCCCCGAGCACAGCCAGUGGGCCGAACAGCAUUUCGACAUUUCCUCCACCACGCGCUCACCAGCCCAUAAGGCUGAGGCCUACAGGUCAGUACCUGGCCACCUACAGCGCUCCGCAACCUACCAAUAUGCCUGGGCCAAUGAUGACAUCUCAGCCCUCACCGCCUCUAAUCUGCUCAAGAAGUACGCUGAGAAGUACUCCGGUAUUCUGGACAUGCCAGGUUCAUACUCCGAGACGCCUGGUGUCCCAGGAGUGAUGAACGGACGGAAAGGUGAAUCUGAGCCCUGGCAGGAUGGUGUCUACCCCAUGAGUUGCAUCCCAGAGGGGGUUUCCGUCAGGAAGGGAGGGGUGGCAGCGGCUUCAGAGGUGGUGUCUGGUAUGUGCAGCUCCCCAGGCCUGGCCUCCAGCACCCUGAGUGAGCCCAGCUACUCCAGCAGUAGCUGUGGGAGCCACACGGCGACUGCCCUGCACUCUUCCUCCAUGGCCUCUCAGGAAUAUGGCCCUGCAUACAGCAGCUCCUACCUGCACAGUAGUUACAGCUCGCAGUCUACCCCCGCCCCAGCACUUCCAUCCCCACUGCACAGUUCUGGACUACUGCAACCACCCCCUCCUCCGCCCUCCCACCCCACCAUAGUCCCAGCUUACAAUGGAGGCUCCCCCAACUUGUCUAGUUAUAAUUACCCCCCAGCUGGCUACCCAGCUCAAAACUCAGUUGGGCCAGGAUACAGCCCUGGAGGAGCCCCCCCUCCCUCUUCGUACCUCCCCUCAGGCAUUGCUGCACCUACACCCCUUCCUCCUUCUUCUGCUUUACCUGGAUACCCAUACCAGAGCCACAACCUGACCCCAAUUGCCCCCACCCCUCUCAACAGUAGCUCCUCCAACUCACUAAAGAGGAAAGCCUUCUACAUGACAGGUCAAGGAGAGAUGGACUCCGCUUAUGGCAACUUUGGCUAUAGCCAGGCGAGGAGCUCAGCUGAGAGCCCCAUGUACAGGGUAGCAGAUAGCAGCAGUACAAAUGGAGGUUCCAGCAGUGCCAACGGUGGAGGAUUUGACAGAAGUGCUGAAAAGUCGUCAUUACCAUUUAAUCCUCAGAAACAAUCCACAAUGCCGUCAGAACAGCAGAGGAAGUACAGCAGCCAGGCAACUGGUGGGCCACUGACUCCACCAACCUACGUCUCCUCCACCCUGGGGGGUUCCCGCUCAGCAGACUCUAUUGCCAGCUUUACCUCCCCCUCCCUCAGUGAGCAAGGUCCUGAUGAUCACCGUCUCCACCUUUCUCAUUCAGCACCUGGGCCUACCUCCUCCUCAUCCACUUCCUCCUCCCGGCCUGCUGAAGAACAACUAAAAACCAGUGAUCCUCACCUCCUGGACAUGGUUACCUCUGAAAUAGUUCAGCAGGGCCCUCCAGUGGAUUGGAGUGACAUUGCAGGUCUAGAACUCGCUAAGGCUACCCUGAAGGAGGAGGUCCUGUGGCCCAUUCUGCGUCCAGACAUGUUCAGCAGUUUAGGACCAACCCCACGUUGUGUGUUGCUGUUCGGCCCCAGGGGCAGUGGCAGGACGUUGCUGGGCCGUUGCCUGGCCAGUCAGCUGGGUGCACCAUUCCUACAGCUCAGCGGUUCAACAUUGGCCACAAAGUGGCUAGCAGAUGGCGAAAAAAUCAUCCGAGCAUCAUUCCUAGUGGCACGGUGCCGACAGCCCUCAGUACUGUUCAUUAGUGAAGUGGACAUGCUCUUGUCAGCCCACCUCAGUGAAGAGAGCCCUAUCAACCGGCUUAAGGGUGAACUUCUUGCCCAGUUAGACUCACUUCUUAUGGGCUCAGGUGAGGAUGGAGGCAACCAAGUGUUGGUGGUUUGUUCCACAAGCAGACCCCAGGAUAUGGAUGAAGGACUGCGCAGGUACUUUGCCCGGAGGGUCCUGGUGCCCCUGCCGGAUAGCACAGCUCGACACCAGAUCAUGAACCAGCUCUUGGCCCAAUCUCAGCACAAAUACUGCUUGAGCGAGGAGGAGCUGGCGCUGCUGGUCCAGCGUACUGAGGGUUUCUCCGGACUGGAUCUGGCCAGACUCUGCCAGGAGGCUCUUGUAGGUCUGUUACAUGUCUCUGCACAGGGCGUGGACAUGACUGGAAUGAUGCCCAGGGGACAGAUCAGGCCUCUCACCUACCAGGACAUUGAGAGUGUCUUUUGUAAAUUCCAAGCCAGUAUAUCGCAGAAAGAGAUUGACACAUACACUGAGUGGAACAAAAUGUUUGGUUGCAGUCAGUGAAAAGAUAGAUUCCGCCCUUGAGAAAAAGAGGCUUCCACAAUUCCUCCCCUCAGGGCAGAAGCAUUGUGCUGAAUGGAAAGGCACACAAAAGGCCAACACAAGCCCACUGAGUUCUCACAAGCAGGGUUUAGAUGCACCAAGAGAGAUGGAUUGAUGAGACAACUGGCAGUUUUGCAGUUAAUGAGCAAGAGUUUUAAUUUGAAAGCUUGACACUCCAGAAAGCCAAGGAUUGUUUACACAUUGCAAACAAGCUGGCUUCAGACAGGACACCCCAGUGUCUGUGUAUAUAUUGUUUUGUUGUUGUUCUUGAGAUUUAGUUGGCUAUCCAAGUGCCUGAAGUGGUGCUUUCUGAGUUUAUUUGUUUAUUUGCCUCACAAUCUACAUUCAUGGCAUGAGCUGAUAAUUAUUAAGAGCUUUAAAACUUCAGCGUUGAGUCUGAAAGACCCAGAUUGACAGUCACUAUUGGGUGGUGGUCAGUCAUCCUUUACGGUCUUACUAAGAGCAGUAAUCCAUCUCGGCUGCAGCAGCCCGGGCCCCUGACUCACACCCAUGUUUCUGAUCUUGUGUCUGCAAAACAAACAAACGUAACAAACCAACAACCAACACUCAGGAAAGCGUUUGUGAAUUGUACAGUACCUCAAGACAUCUUGAUGAAAAGCACUAAGACCUGAGAGAAGAAUUUGGCAGUGUUAGGUGUACCUCAAAUGAUUAGGACAAAUAGCAAAGAGGUGGCAAUGAAUGUACUAGAUGUGUUCUGGAUUGGUGGAACAUAAUCUACAGUUGAGAGUAAAAACAUUUUGUCCUAUUUUCCCCCCUCACUGCAGGUGCUUUAGUUACCUGUUUCUACUUGACCAAUCCAUACGAGCUUAUUCCCAUUGCUGUUACAAAAUGUAAAACUGUGUUGCCCAGCUUUGUUGUUUUUUAGGUUUUAGAAGAUGGGCAGAUGUUGGGGUUGUGGGAGUUGUACAUUAAUUAAACCAACCAUAAUCAACAUUGUUUAUAAUACAUGAUCUAGGCUAUAUAGUUAAGCUGCAUGGAAGCUACAUCAGUUUAUCAGCUAACGCCUGUUCAAAAUAUUUGUCAUACUAUUAGCGAGGUAUUCUCUGAUUUGGAUGAACUUAAAUAAACGAAGGAGUCAUUCUUCAUAUAAAUACACUUAUUUGCUUUUUUUACUGAGAGAUCAAGCUAGUACCAACACCUGUUUACAUUAGCUUGGCAUAAAAUAUAUCGGCCCGUCAGACUGCAGCAUUUCUAGAGCUCAUUCGGUUAACUUUUGUUUAAACUGUAUGAAAAAAUGAGUGUUUUUACAGGGAUUUUGCAAUGCUAAGCUAACGGCUUAAUUGCUGUAGAUUUGUGAGAGUGGUAUCAACCCUCUUGGCUAACUUUCAUUAAGAGAACAAAUAAGUGCAUUUCUCCAAAUGUCAAGCUAUUAUUUUAUAUCAGUGAUAUCAAAGAGAAAUUACCAUGUCUUUUUUUUAUGUGUGGGUCUUAAAUUAUUGUUUGACUUAAUGUUAUUUGGUCUAGUCAAGAUGGUUUUCAGGAAAAUGCGUCAGUCAGCAUAAAGAAAGCCAAGGUAUAUUAUUUUUCUUGUUGAGUCCAACUGAAAUCAUAUUUACUAUUUAUUAACUAAUUGUAGUGUGCUGUGGUUUUGGAGACUAACAUUACCCUAAUUCAUCUAUAUUUCCUGUUUGUCUUAGUAAUAAACCUAAAUCUUCAUCUGGAUAUUUGUCAGAGGAGCGCCACUUUAUAAUGCUAACGUGUUAGCGUCGUCUUUAAAGCCAACUAUAGCAACUGUACACAACAAGGAUGGCUGGAGUGUCACAUAAAGGUAUAAAUAAGGAGCAAUUUAAUGAGCCAUUAUUUAAAGCAUGAACCCUAGACAGCAAAAAAAUCUAACAUGACAGAGAUGCUAUAGAAGAUGUCACCAUGAUUUCAGUUGGACUUUAAGUUGACAGGUAUCAUAGAUAUGGAUCUAGGGAUUUUCAUUUGUUACUCACUGGUUCAGUUUCCAAGACAUAGAUAAAGCCUAGAUGUAGACACUGAAAUUUCUUCUAUUGAUAACUUCAUUGAUUUUUUUUUUCUUUUUAAUCUGGGACUAGGCUUAAUCCACAUCUGGGGAAACUUACUUACCAUGUUUAACUGUAUUUGAACUGGAUUAGCUAUAGAAUGGGAUGUCACUCAUGUUAUUUGAACUAGAUUCUACUAGAAAGUAGAAAUUUAACUAGAGGUCCCACGUCAUUAAAAAGAUCAGUUCAGUUUGGCAUAUUCUGCAUUGCAGUUGGUAUUAUUAUUAUUAUUAUUAUUAUUAUUAUUAUCAUCAUCAUCAUCACGGCCAUAAUAUGUCCCAGCCAGAAGGCAUAUAUAGUAGGUGGCUGGGGAACAGGACAAAUCAGGUUGCAAUCAGAAAAUUGAUGUUCAAUUCAAGAUGACUACCCCAGAAAGACAAAUGCAAUUCUAAACCAUGUCAGGCCUUUUUUUCUGUAUCUAUAUUGUUUUUCCUUUUGCUAGAUUUCGAUUGCAAGUUACUCAGAUGGUAUGAAGCACAUGAUCUUCAUGCAUUUGAGUUCAUACUGUGUAACAUGAGUGGGGAAUUUUGGCACUAGUUUUAAAGGCCUUCAUCACUGAAGGAUAUCUGUUGCCCAUUGUAUCACAUUUGAAUGUAUUUUUGUCUCUUCCUUGUCACUGUUUAAGAACCUGCCCUUAAACUACUGUUGUGACAUGGGAGUACUUAAGAUAGUCUAUUGCACGUGCACUAAAGCAUUUUUGUGUGUAAUUUUUUUUUUUGUUGUUGAAAUAUCUCAAUGACAUUGGCAGCACUUGUUUAUUUAGUGUUUAACCUGAAGGAUAUUUUAUUUAUCUGAACCACUGAUCAGUCUUACACUUGUUAUUGUACCUCCUGCUUUUUCUAAAACAAAAAAAAAACAAAAAAAAUUAUCAUUAUGAAUACAAGCUGCUUGUAGUGCAUGCCUGGUGUCGCUAUCUCACAGGCACCAUCAGUUCAGCACCUGAUGUGCGGUGGAGGGAGGGUUGGGGGAGAGUUCUGCUGAGCAUCAGCAAACUGACAGAAAGGAGAGACAGACAGGCAGCGUGGCGGCAGCAGCAGCAGCACAAGGGGGGAAAGCAGAGGAGUCCAUCAGAAAACUACCCUCAAAACAAUCUGUACCAGAAUUCCUUCUGUCAGCAAAUCCUCUGGAGAGAGAGUCCCUUUGGACAGAAAAACCUACUAAUGCACUUCACAGCACACAACAGCAGCACAGGCGUUCCCCUCUCUCUCUCUCUCUCUCUCUCUCUCUCUCGCAGUUCUCUACAAGCCAACCGACAAACCACUUGAAACACCCUGGUCAAUGCUACGCUUUGUUUGUUGCGUGUUUUGUGGUCCUCCUUUUGUGUCUUUUUCUACAUGGUGUGCUGAUCUUUUUCUUUUUUUUUUUUUUUUUUUUUAAACUUUCCUUAAAUGAAGUUCUUCUUUAAAGCAUUUCUACCUCAUGGCUACAAAACACACGUGGUAUUUGAUUUGUCUUUUACAAAUGUCAGACAUUUGUGGAAAAUAUAUUAAAAAAAAAAAAAAAAAUUACAAAAAAAAGGAGGAGAGAAUAACACCAUGAAGUUUUGCGCAGUCUACCUCAGAUGACUGUACUUAAAAACAUUUAGCUGGUGGUGCAACCGGAGGCUGCAGCAUAGCCUAGUGUGUGUGCGUGUGUGUCACCAUGUGUCAGAUCCGAGCUAUAAGCGAGACAGGCACACACGUGAAAAAAGUGAUUCGUGAGGAGGAAACAGUUGGGGGUCAACCUAAAGGUGACCUGGAAAUGUAUAAUCCAAUACAUUUGCUUUAAUCUUCUGUGAAGUACUGUGGUUGUGCGCGUGUGAAUGUGUAUAUACAUGGGCACACUCUUUUGAUUUUAUUUUAUUUUUUGAUUUAGUGUGUUGGAUUUUAUAAAUUGUUAGUAUAUAUAACACACUUGCACAACUUUAAAACAGAGUGUAAUGUGUUUCUGUUGUACAUAUCUAUACAUACAAUACAAAUGCACCACUUGUUUAUAUGUGUGAAUAUGUUGCCAUACUUGCAGUCAACUUAAAUGUAUUUUCAUGUAAUCUGAGAUACAA